AGAGGAGUCUGAAAGCCCAGAUUCUGAAACUAAUGAGGUUUUAGAUUUAUCCAAGAUCACAAAGACGAGGCCUAUUCCUUCAGAUGCUGGCCAAUAUAUUCUCCAUGUGUGCCAAGCUGAAUCCUGAUCCUAUUGAAGGUGGGUCUCUCUACACAGUAUGGAGAUUGAAGAUUAUUGAGAAAUGAGAACUUCUUUUGGUGUUUUAUGGUGUGCUUACCUUUUUAUUUCAUGACAAUGUACUGUUUUUGUUUCUUCUACUUUUUAGAAGAUGAAGAGGGACAAGGUUGGGUUUUCAGUGCUGAUCAGAUGGUAGAUGAGGCUAGAGAAAAUGAAGAUUCUGAGUGGGAUUUCUCCCACAAUCCAGUGAGCUCUAUUGGUCAGUCAAAUGGCAAUCAUGACCUUGCUCAUUCAGUGCUUCAGCUUCAGAUUAAUGGCCAAUGCUUCGAGGAUGCAGAAGAGAUGGAACAUGUUAGCAACAGUGCCCAUCAAUGUGUUAUGCAUGCUAGUUUUUCUUUUAACCAUACACAGGAAGUUUGUGGUUUGGCAGAGUAAACUGAAUGCUUGGGCUGCUUUUAAGCACAUUCACCCCAAGCAUUGCUGUGUGUUGAUGAGAUGUAUUUCAUAACAAGAAGAUGCCAAAUUACACAUCUGUUCCACAGAAGAAAUUGGAGGUGUUUAAACACACUUGUUUGGCCUUUGUAAAAGUGAAGCUCAGGAUGCAACUUUUUGGAUUUAUUAUUCU